CCGUUCAAAUCCCUAAACCUUUUCUUUUUCUCUCCAAGUGGUUUACAAUUUAGUUUUUAAGCUUUGUGGGGUUCUGUUUGUUUUUGUUCUUUAUUCCAUUUUUGUGUGUAUUUUUGCAGGGAAUGGAAGAAAAUUACAGGAGGUUGAAGGAGAUAAACAAGAAGCUGAGAAGGGAGAUUAGGGGGUAUGUUGGAAUUCAUAGUUCAGGAUUUAGAGACUUUCUGCUGAAACCGGAGCUGCUUCGAUCUAUUGUGGAUUCUGGUUUUGAACAUCCUUCCGGAGUGCAACACGAGUGCAUCCCUCAAGCUAUUCUGGGAAUGGAUGUGCUUUUCCAAGCAAAAUCUAGAAUGGGGAAAUCAACUGUUUUUGUUCUAUCAACUCUUCAGCAAAUUGAGCCUGUUGCUGGGCAAGUUGCUGCAGUUGUUCUAUGUCACACUAGAGAAUUAGCAUACCAGUUUUCGCACUUGUAAAGCUUAUGAAUGACAGUGAAGAUGAGAGUCAACUUUCUACUAUAGCUAGGGAUGAUGAAGAUGAUUCUGUUGCGAAGAUGAAGGCAGCUGAGGAAGCCUUGGAAGCAAAACAAAAAGUAACAAAUAGUGAGACACCGUUUAAGGAAAGAUCAUGGGAUUGAGGGUGGAAUUCCUGUUGUUUUCUCUUUAGAGAAACCUAAAGCUAAGCUGCUUCCUUUUAGAGGACCAAGUGGUGAGGAAUACAACCCUUCAGAUUAUCAAGUGAGGAUGCUUGCUUCUUACUUUUGCAGUUUUAAAGUACUCUGUUUGAUCACCUAACAUCAUGCAGUGGGGAAAUUCAUCCAAUAUAUUGAAGCAGAAUUUGAAAUGAGAAUUGAAAGUACAUUUGGAUGGAGCUAAAGCUGUGUUUCUUUUAGCGAUAUAUUUUAACUUCCUAGUGUUUGGUCCCUGGUUUUUGCUAUCUUUAGAUUUAAGGGUAGAAGGAAAAGGAAAAUAUUUUCGUCUACAUUUGUAUGUAAUCUACAUGUUUAAGCCAACAAUUUAAUGUGUAUUCUACUGUCAGAUAGUACCUGGGCAGGUUCAACAAUUUAAUGCAUUGUAUUUUUUAUUA